UGUAAAUUUGUCUGUGGAGCAGAGGAAAAUAACAAAGCAAAAGCUGCUCUCCAUCUCUACACGCUUUGGAUUUUCUUUUCCAUUUUCUCAGUUCAACUUUCUCGCAAUCCAAACAACCUCCUCUCACAACCCCAACGCCUUGAUUUCUCUCCUCCAUUAACCUUACAUCUUUGUGGCUAUGGCUUCUAGGUUUCCUUGAAGCUGCAUUGGAAGCAAUCUCUCCAUUCACACUAGUCUUCCACCUGCUUGCAUCGGAUUCCCGAGCUUCUUUUGUUUGAAUUCUCAUUUCUUUGAAGCUCUGACCAGAUUUCUCGUUUGUUAGUUCUAGGAACUCGAUCUUGCCUCCAUUCUUCUCGGAGGAGUUGCUCCUGUUGCCUUUUCAGCUCUUUAGAGGACUAUGUCUCGGAAAUCCCAGGUGAUGCCUUCAUUGCAAGCUACGAAAUCCAUGCCAGUUAAUUCUCGGUUCAUGAUUCCGCAAACUGCUGAAACUUUGGAAGAGCCUUAUAAUCAGAAUGUGAAAAACAUGGAAGGUAGAUCGAUAGUUGAUGGCGAAAAUGGUGUUGCCAGAGAUGAUGGCGUCAAUCGACUUCAAUACAGUAUGAACAAUAUUGAUGAGCUGAAUGAGGACUCACCAUAUAUUUACAAUAUUACAACAGUGGAAGAAAGACCCAUCGUGGAUGAUGGAGAAGAUGGUUUUAUGCCUUUACCUUCACCUUCAAUGUCGGCUUCACAGAGUGAACGCAGGUGGGGUGACACAUCCUCCUACACGCCAAGGAAGAUACUCAAGUCUUGGUUUAAACUUCCAAAUGGAAACUGGGAUCUUGUAAAGAUACUGUCAACGGCGGGAACAGAGUCAGUUGUUUCACUGACUGAUGGAAAGGUGUUAAAGGUGAAAGCUGAAGAUUUGAUUCCUGCAAAUCCGGAUAUCCUUGAUGGCGUUGAUGAUCUUAUGCAACUUAGCUAUUUAAAUGAGCCUUCAGUAUUAUAUGAUCUUGAGUACAGAUAUAAUCAAGAUAUUAUAUAUACAAAAGCAGGACCAGUUCUGGUUGCUAUCAAUCCUUUUAAGAAAGUUGAUUUGUAUGGAAAUGAUUACAUUGAAGCAUAUAAACGCAAAACAAUUGAGAGCCCACACGUAUACGCCAUUACGGAUACAGCCAUAAGAGAGAUGAUUCGAGAUGAAGUAAAUCAAUCAAUUAUAAUAAGCGGUGAAAGUGGAGCUGGAAAAACUGAAACAGCAAAGAUAGCAAUGCAAUAUUUGGCGGCUCUUGGCGGUGGAAGUGGAAUAGAAUACGAGAUAUUAAAGACCAAUCCUAUCUUAGAAGCUUUUGGAAAUGCAAAAACAUUGAGAAAUGAUAACUCAAGCCGUUUUGGAAAAUUGAUAGAAAUCCAUUUUAGUGAAACUGGGAAAAUAUCCGGUGCAAAUAUUCAAACUUUUUUGCUUGAAAAGUCCAGAGUUGUCCAAUGCACAGAGGGAGAGAGGUCAUACCACAUCUUUUAUCAACUUUGUAGUGGGGCUCCGCCUGCACUUAAAGAGAGGCUAAACUUGAGAAGAGCGGAAGAGUACAAAUACCUCAGCCAGAGCAGUUGUAUUUCAAUAAGUAGAGUAAAUGAUGCGGAGGAGUUUCGUGUAGUCAUGGAAGCACUAGAUGUCGUACAUAUUAGUAAAGAAGACCAGCACAGUGUAUUUGCAAUGCUUGCUGCUGUUCUUUGGCUGGGAAAUGUUUCCUUUAGUGUUAUAGACAAUGAAAAUCAUGUGGAGGCUGUGGAAGAUGAAGGUUUACAGACUGUUGCUAAACUUAUUGGGUGUGAGAUUGAGGAGCUUAAACUAGCUCUAUCAACUCGAAAAAUGAGAAUAGGGAACGACAGCAUUGUCCAAAAGCUUACUUUAUCUCAGGCAAUUGACACUAGAGAUGCUUUGGCAAAGUCAAUUUACGCUUGUUUGUUUGAGUGGCUGGUCGAACAAAUUAACAAAUCUCUUGCUGUAGGCAAACGGCGCACUGGCAGAUCCAUCAGCAUUCUUGAUAUCUAUGGCUUUGAAUCAUUUGAUAGGAAUAGUUUUGAACAGUUCUGUAUUAACUAUGCAAAUGAGAGACUACAGCAGCAUUUCAAUCGUCAUCUAUUUAAGCUGGAGCAGGAGGAAUAUAUUCAAGAUGGAAUCGACUGGGCAAAAGUUGAUUUCGACGACAACCAAGAUUGUCUCAGUCUGUUUGAAAAGAAACCUUUGGGAUUGUUGUCCCUGUUAGAUGAGGAGUCUACUUUUCCAAAUGGCACAGAUGUGACCUUUGCGAACAAGCUUAAGCAGCAUUUGGCACCCAAUCCUUCUUUUAGAGGAGAACGAGAGAAAGCCUUCACUGUCUGUCAUUAUGCAGGAGAGGUCACUUAUGACACAACUGGGUUUCUGGAGAAAAACAGGGACUUGCUACAUUUAGAUUCCAUACAACUCCUAUCCUCAUGUUCAUGUCAUCUUCCUCAAAUUUUUGCAUCCAACAUGCUAACUCAAUCAGGAAAGUCCAUAGGUGGCCCUUUACAUAAGUCUGGUGGUGCAGAAUCCCAAAAACUAAGCGUCGCAAGAAAGUUUAAGGGUCAAUUAUUCCAAUUGAUGCACCGUCUUGAAAAUACAACGCCCCAUUUCAUCCGUUGCAUCAAGCCCAACAAUGUUCAGUCUCCUAGAUUGUCGGAGCAAGGACUUGUAUUACAACAGUUAAGAUGUUGUGGGGUCCUAGAAGUGGUACGAAUAUCACGAGCUGGUUUUCCCACCCGGAUGUCACAUCAGAAAUUUGCUAGAAGGUAUGGUUUUCUUCUGCAAGAAAGCAUUGCAUCGCAGGAUCCACUAAGUGUCUCAGUUGCGAUUCUUCAUCAAUUCAAUAUAUUGCCGGAAAUGUACCAAGUUGGCUAUACAAAAUUGUUCUUCCGAACUGGACAGAUUGGAAUGCUUGAAGAUACAAGAAACCGCACCCUCCAUGGGAUUCUCUGUGUUCAAAGCUGUUAUAGAGGGCACCUAGCUCGUCGCCAUCUCAAAGAGCUGAAGAAAGGGAUUUUCGUACUUCAGUCAUUUGCACGUGGGGAGAAAACCAGAAAAGAAUAUGCAAUCUUGAUACGAAGGCAUAGGGCUGCUAUUUCUAUUCAGAAGUGUGUGAAAGCCAGAAUUGCUGAAAAACGUUUGAAGAAAGUCUGUGAUGCAUCACUUCUGAUACAAUCGGUUAUCCGUGGCUGUUUGGUCAGGAGAUGCUCAGGAGAUAUAGGAUUAAUGAAACCUGGUGGCCUGACGGCAAACGAGUCAGGUGAGGUGCUUGUUAAGGCAUCAUUCCUUUCAGAAUUACAGCGCCGUGUCCUGAAGGCAGAGGCUGCUUUGAGAGAGAAAGAAGAGGAAAACGACAUCCUCCACCAGCACCUCCAGCAGUACGAGAACCGUUGGUCAGAGUAUGAGCUGAAAAUGAAAUCAAUGGAAGAGGUGUGGCAGAGACAAAUGAGAUCCCUGCAGUCCAGCCUCUCCAUUGCAAAGAAAAGCUUAGCAGUUGAUGAUUCAGAGAGAAAUUCUGAUGCAUCAGUCAAUGCAAGUGAUGACAGAGGAUACAGUUGGGAAGUGGGUAGCAACAACACAACUAAUGAAAGCAAUGGAGUAAGACCAAUGAAUGCAGGUCUCAGUGUCAUUAGCCGCUUGGCCGAAGAAUUCGAACAAAGAAGUCAAGUCUUCGGCGACGAUGCCAAGUUCUUAGUAGAGGUAAAAUCCGGUCAAGUCGAGGCAAGUCUUGAUCCAGAUAGGGAACUAAGAAGGUUGAAGCAGAUGUUUGAAGCAUGGAAGAAAGAUUACGGGGGAAGGCUGCGCGAAACAAAAGUGAUUUUGAAUAAGCUUGGGAAUGAAGGUGCCAUGGAUAGAGUGAAAAAGAAAUGGUGGGGAAGGAGGAACAGCACAAGGUAUAGUUAAACAACUGAAAUCAAGUUAUAGCUAAAAAUUACACUGUUUUCUCUCUGAGCAGUUGGUUUAUUUUUGGGGAACUUGUAAAUGAUGGGUCUUCCUAUUCACUGGGCCAGUGAAUCAGGAAGAAAGGGUAUUCUGUUGUGCUGCUAAUACCUAUUUACACUGUUCUUAGCAACCCUAUAGUUGUUGCCAAGGAGGAACUGCUGCAAGAGUUCUGUUCUAACUUUUCCAUUACAAGUUUCUUUUUGGAGGGCUUCAAGUGAUUUAGUUAGUGCCAUUGGAGUCCAAAAUCUCCAAUAUGUAUAUCUUUUUUUACUACUUAACAAUCUCUAUAUUGAUAGAUAUUGAGGCUUUCUCUUCUCUCA